AUGUUGCUGUGUGGUGGUGCAGAUCUGCAUGGUGAUGGAGCAGUAUACCGUGUAGAAAGUGGCACUUCUGCCAGAAUUUGGCGUGACCCCUGGCUGCCUAACCCGAAUCAUGGCUUCGUGACAUCUGAUCCACUCCCAGGUCAUGAGGAAGCAACUGUUAAUCAAUUGUUUGUACCAGGUGAAAACAGAUGGGACUAUGAUAUACUUGUUGAUCUCUUCAGUGAAGAAGAACGAGGACAAAUAUUGAAGAUCCCCUUGAGCUCCUAUGGAAGAUCCGAUCGAAUCUAUUGGGUCCAUGAUAAUAAGGGAUUUUAUUCGGUUCGAAGUGGAUAUAAGAGGCUGAUGCAAGAAUUCUUCCAGGAGUACCCAAAUACGAUGGAUAGUUUUUGGCGCACUAUAUGGAAUCUCAAAAUACCAGCAAAAGUACGCAACUUUCUCUGGCGAGCAUCACAACUAGUACUUCCUACAGCAGACCACUUAAGGGCCAAGAGAGUGGACAUUGAUAAACUCUGCCCAGUAUGUUUGCAGCACGACGAAUCUGUUUUGCACAGCCUGGUUCAUUGCACGCUCGCUCGAAGAGUUUGGGAUACAUUGGGGAUUAAUUCAUCCCCCUCCUUGGCAGAUAGUUUCAAAGAUUGGUUAAACAUUGUGCUAAGCAACAACAAAGAAGUUCGAGAAUUAAUUGGCAUGACGUGCUGGGCCAUUUGGACGAACCGUAAUGAGGUUGUUUGGCAAUCCCGCUCCUAUACAGUGAUGAAGGUCAUUGCAAAUUCAAAAGGCUUUUUGCACCAGUGGCGUGAAGUCCAUCAACCAGCAGCUACCCCGAGCCGAAUUCCAAAGCCACUGGAUUUCGCUAAAUGGUACCCACCUGCGGAUGGCUCACUUAAAAUCAACACUGAUGCUGCCAUUUUCGAGAACCAGGGAGGAGCUGGAUUUGGGCUUGUAAUACGUGACAGCCGGGGCUCUUUUGUUGCUGCCAAAAUAAUACCGGUUAGGGGGAUUACUGAUCCACUUAUUGCUGAAGCUUUGGGAGUUCGUGAGGCUCUGUCCUGGCUAAAAGUUCGAUUCCCUGCGGUCCAAAUCAUUGAGAUGGAUUCUCUUUUGGUCUAUAAUGCUCUGCAAAAAUAUGAAGUCGACAACUCCUACUUCGGUCUGCUUAUUGAAGAGUGCCGUUUCCUCGCAUUGGAUAUGCCAAAUGUUAAAUUCAGUUGGGUGAGGAGAUCGGCUAAUCAAGUUGCACACACACUAGCUAAGGCUGCUAGUUCUUUUCAUGAUACCAUUGAAUGGUCUAAUUAUUCGCCUUUAUUUAUCUCGAAUGUACUCCUUGCCGAUUUGAGCAAUGAAUAA